AGCUGCGUCACAAGUACAAUGUCUGGAUGCACUCUGAGCUGCGUCACAAGUACAACGUCUACUCCGAGUGAAGAGCAAUCCUCUCACUCGGAGGCUUAGCCACGAUCACAGAUUCGCCUAAGUCAAAAACCAAGAACAUUGAAGACAAAGCAACGACAUUCGAAUGAAACAACCAAGUACAGAUAAAUCCAGUAAGGUUCAGAACCGCAAAUAGGAGUACUCGGGCGCCAGGCCCGAAGGAGUUUUAACGAUUACAAAAUCACUCGGCAUUCUGAGGCAAAUAAAAUCAGGUUAUCAAGUUUUUCACUCGGCGGGAGGACUUGCUGGCUCGACAAAAGUGUCCAAGUCAAUGCCGUUUGCGAUGCGAGUGGCUGCGUCGAUGAAGGUCUCCAUGAAAGACUGAAAUUGAAGCUUCUUGGUGUUGGCCACCUGAAGAGCUUUCAACUUUUCCUCCUUGGCAUCCUUGCAAUGAACACGAACGAGAGAUAAAGCCACGUCAGUACCGCAGCGAGCAGAUGACUUCUUCCAUGCCUGCACACGGUUAGGGAUGUCAUUAAGUCGAGUCAUCAGUGACUCGAGAUCAUUCUGAAACACAUCUUCUGGCCACAGCUCCUUGUUGAUCCGCGACAGUGCCACUUUUAGUCGGGCGAGGUAGUCCAAGACACUGGCAAGGCGAGAUUCCAGUCGCACCACGUUCAUGGCAGCUUCAUCCUUGACAGGGGAGUUGAUAGGGUCCAGUCCAGUCUCGAUCCGCCCGGUUUCUUCUUCGAAGUUUUGAUAGAAUUCUGCUUGGAGUGAAAAAUAGUGAGUCAACAACAACAUUAUGGAGAAAUUUUGAAUCCAGUCGGACGAAAGAAAAUACCUUCAAGCAUGAGGAACAUCUUCUUGGCAAGACCGCCCAGAUAAGCUUCUAGUUCAUCCCUCUUCCGAGUGAGAACAUCCACUUUGUUAGCCAAGGCCACCUUCUCCUCCUUCAGCUGCACAACUUCUUUCUUUGCCUCGUCAACAGCAGUCUUCAGCUUGGCGUUUUCCUCUUCUAACUUUCCGACUGAAGCCAGCUUCCUGCCAGCAAGUUCAGUUUUCUCACGCACCGUCUUUUGUGCCGUGGCUAGAUCAAGGUCCUUCUGCUCCAAAGCCUGCUUCAUUUUGUCUAAAGAAAUAACAUUCAAACGAGCUUGGAGUUGAUGGUUUUCAUUACGCACAUCUGUUCGAGUGGAAUCACUCGGUUCAAAGGAUGACAAGGCGAGCAGUCGGCAAAUUGUUACCUCCCAUGACAUCUGCUUCAUCCCGGGCUUUCUUCAGGUUCUCCUUGGCUAACUCCAGGUCGAGAUUGAGUUGGAUCUGCUUCUUCUCCAAAUCGGCGUACUUGGUCCCAAGUUCACAAGCUUUCUGCAAUCAACAAAAAGACAAGUCAAUCGACAGAAACGGAGAUCAGUUACUUCCGAGUGGAAAGUGUGCAAGAUCAAAUGGCCAUAACAAAAAGAGUUCUAAGACCGCUGGCGAAUCAAACAUUCAACAACAGUCUCAGGGACUACACCCAGUGGGUGCACUUAUCGUGCUCCCACUGGUUUGAUUUCUCACUUGGCAUGGUCUGCCCAGCCCGAGUAAAAGGAGUAAGAAAACACAUUUGUUCUAAGACCACCGUCGACUGCCAGCAGUCAACAGCGGUCUCGGGGACUACACCCAGUGGGUGCACUCAGCGUGCCCCCACUGGACCAAAAACUCACUCGACACGACCUGUCUAAAUUCGAGUGAAAGAGCUACACGACUACAAGAAAUACCCAGUGGGUGUACAGAUGCAAGCAACAGAUCGACAUCUUACGAAUAAUAAAGCAACAGUUGUCAGAUAGCAUAUCCUAACAGAACAAGAGUCGAACCGAAGCAAAACCAAUCGGAAAUCAACUUACAGUCCCACUUACUCGGACAUUGGCUUGGAGGGCAGAGCUAGCAUCAUAGGCGGCCUUGCUGGUGUCGUACACCACCUUCAGUCGAUCCAUCAUCAGACCCGCCUGGAUCAUAGCUUCCUUGGCGGCCCCUGUUUGGUCCUCGGGGACGUGAUGCAGAACAAAUGGAGCUGAGGACGGAGCUGGUGGAGUUGGAGCCUGAGGCGGAGCAGUCGGGACAGUCGAGCCAGAAGCCUGAGCAGUCGACGCCGUGGGCUGGUCAGUCGACAAAGGAUCAGCAAAAGAGACAGUAGUCCGAACUGGAUCACCAAGUUGCUGAACUACAGGCUCAGACGCCGAGCGAGACACUUUGCUUGCGGGCACCCUCCUGCUCGAAGUCCUACUCUUCCUCCCUGUAUUCCUCUGAAGCACUUCAUCAUCAUCAUCAUCCGGAAGCUGGAUAACAUUCGUUGGUACUGCAAACACUCGACAAUGAAAUUUCAGUCGACCAGAAAAUCAAUUGACAGAGCAUGGACGAGGCUACGGAACCAUACCUGCCCGAGAGGUGGCCGCAUCCGCGGUUUCCGCAUCACCAUGCUCCUCGUCGAUGUCCAUGGAUGUUGCAGAAGUAGCAGCACUGAAAGCUCCAGAGUUCACUCGGUCAAGCAAGCGAACGAGUCCACAAUAACACAGAAGACAAAGAAAGAAACGAAACACUUACGCUGAAGCAACAGGAACAACCACCUUGAUCCUGGGCAGGGCCUUCCGGGGUUUCGGUGGGACAACUUUGGGUUGUUUCGCGGCCUUCUCCGAUGGAUCCGGAGUCGAGGUCCGAGUGCGCUUCGGCAUUUUCUCACUCGGUGAGACCGCUUUGCCGCGUCCUCCCGCGGGAUCCUGUGACUGCUUGGAGCGCCGCUCAGAGCGGAGCGGCGAGUCGACUUCCUUGCUGCUACCAGAGUCCUCACUGUCCUCCUCGCUGUCGUACGCAUACUGAUAAUCACCGCUCUCACCAUCACUCUCAACUCCUUCCUGGUACUGCUCUCCGUUCGGCAUCGAGUACAUCUUGGUGAAAAUCUGCAAGACACAAGUUACAAGUAUCAGUUGGAUCCAAGAACAAUCGUAGAUCGAAAGGAAAAAACACUCGGUAAAUUGAGCCUGACCGCUUCUGCUCGUUGUUGGCGUCGAAUGGCAGAAUCCUCCUGGGUUAUCCUUGUUGCCAGUAAUGCUCCUGGGCCACUGGGCCACCGUAUCCUCGUCAACCUCCUUCGGGUUGGUUCGAGCGGUGUCUUCAGGACCCGAGUACAUCCACAUAGGGUGGUCUCGGGCCUGCAAGGGCUGGAUGCGUCGACUGAGGAAUACUUCCAACAGAUCCAUACCCGUCACUCCGCCCUGAACCAAUGCAACGACCGCGUCGACUAACAUUCGCACCUCCCCCUUCUCCUCGUUCGCUACAAUUAGUGAACGAGGGGUGCGGAGUCUCUCCAGAGAGAAAGGAGGAAGACCGGUCGACUAACUAGGAGUAGGAAUAUCUUUGCAGUAGAACCAAGUCGACUGCCAUCCCCUAACUGACUCGGGAAAAGUCAUAGGAGGAAAAGUACUUCUACCCCUCAUCUGGAUUCCUAAACCCCCACACAUCUGGAUCACGUGCGUCAUUUCGUCGUUUGGGUUGGCUUUCUUUACCGACUGGGAUCGACAAGUGAAAAUGUGUUUGAACAAACCCCAGUGCAACUGGUAACCAAGGAAGUUCUCGCACAUGGAAACAAAUGCAGCGAGGUACGAGAUUGUGUUGGGAGGAAAGUGAUGGAUCUGAGCACCGAAGAAAUUCAGGAAACCCCGGAAGGGAUGUGGAGGCAGGGAGAAACCUCGAUCGACGUGGGUGGUGAGGAGGACGCACUCACCCUCGCGCGGCUGGGGCUCGGAUUUGUUCCCCGGCAGCCUCCAGGACCCAUGAGCAAUCAGGCCGUCCUGGGCAAGAUUCUCCAAGUCCCCCUUCACGACGGUGGAGCGGAUCCAGUCCCCCUGGAUCCAACCCGGCGGCAGACCGGACCGUGACGACGACCCCUCGCCGUCUUCUUGCCCUUCGCCGCCGCCGUCGCCUUCUUUGCGCGCUCUAGGGCCGCAGUCCUUUCCUUCACCAUGGCGGCGGAGUCCGAGCAGGCCGGGCGGAAGCGUCGAGAGCAGAGAGAAGCGAGGUGGAGAAGCAGAGAGGAAGGGGAUCGAAUGGAAUGCAUAGUGCCUCGCAUCGGCCUCUGCGCUCUUUAUGGGGCUGUUUUCGAGUGGUUGACCCGUGGGCCCGAGCAAUCUUAUCGCAUCCCACAACAGGCACUGGCCUAAUACGUGGUGAAAAAGGCGGCGCAAAGAUCGAGGAGUCCCUGUCUACUCAUCUCGUUUACUACGCCACGCCCCGUCCCGCGCGCUUCUCCAAAAUUUCGAAUCCCGUGAGAUCCGGGAACCGCAGAGCAUUCAAUCGCGUCAAAGAUUUCGUACUCUGAUUCACUCGAAGAUUUACGACAUAAUUCACUCGAAGAAGGCGACUGAUGCAGGGUCAAAAUACCAGUGUGCUUUCCAGACCUUGUUGACAUACCUUCGAAGCAUGGAAUCGAGUCGGAACCAACUUCAACCCUUCUUCACUCGAACCUCAAUCCAUUCGGGGGCUAAUGACGAUGACAUGUACUUAGGGUAUGGUCUUAGGCCUGACCUAGACGCCCUACCUAAGGACACUGCCCUAGAGUCCAAGACAUUCAAAGUCCAGCAGAAGGCACCGACUGAAAUCACCUUGAAGUGCAAUCCACUCGACAGAAGAUUCCACUCGGAUACCCCAAUUCCACUCGACCACAGUAGCGUCACUCGACUGUACGAAGAACCACUCGGAGUUCAGAAGAUCUAAAGCCACCCCAGGAUGGCAACGGCCAGGCGUUCACUCCGUAGUCACAAAGAUCAUUAAUAGCUGGCGUUACCAGUAACGCCCCUGCCUUAACUCACAUUUAACCCUGUGUAACCGAGGGAUGGAGGGGCCUGGCGCACUCUAUAGAAGCCACCCCCCUCCUCUGGCACAAGGGUUCGCACCCCCUGUAAUUCAACAACCCCUCUCACGUGUGACGCGGGAAGUAACAAGUGAAUAGACUCAGUGGUAUGGCUCAAAAGGCAUAUACGUGGAUGCAGAGGGGGGCAACAACAAUUUUUGGAUAAUUGCGAAGGCCAGGACUUGAACUCAAUACCUUAGGCUCUGAUACCAUUUUAAGCUUCAUGCACUGGCCAACGCAAACAAAAGUCUGAACUAAUGGAAAGGGCUAGGCAAUCUACAUAUAUACUUCAACACAAAGUUAGCUGAUAUAGCGUUCUUCUAUAAUAUUGUCGGCGAGAUGCAUGUGGUGGAUCCAGACCCAGGUUAACACGGGGUUGUUCCACGGCUAAUGUGCCUCAAUGCUUGCGAUGAGCCUAUUAUUCGACUCUCAAGUCCUCUUCGAUGAUGGCACUUAGUUCUUGCAUUGAUGGAGGUUUCGCUUCUCUUCAAAUGAACACCUUGAUGGUGACUAAGGUUGGCAGUAACCACUGGUUUUGGUGUGUGCAAGAUCCACUUAGAGCCUAAUAUUAAUUUUCUAUUCUGUGGGUUCUUUCUUGCACAAAUUCCAAUGACUUCUCACAGUCUAGCAGUUUUCGAUGCAUUUUUAUCCACGCCUUGUCAUGAGGAUGCACGAUUACUAUGAAAAAUUUGACCAGGUAAAACCUAAACCAUCUAAUGUAUAACAUUGGCUCGAGUGCAUGGUAACCACACCCCUCUAACCUAUCCCUCACACAAUGUAAAUCCAAACAUGGCCAACUUGAAAAGAUAACCAUUGGUGGACUCCAGCAGGGCCCAUGAAAGUCCAAAGAUGGCAUAACAAUCAAUCAAAGUCCAAAGAUGGCAUAGCUAUUAAUAAAAAAAAUCUAAAGAUGGCAUAGUAAUUAAUCAAAAAUCAAAAAAUUGCAUAGCAAUCAAUGAAAAUCCAUAUUUGGAUUUUCAUUUAUUUUUUGCCAUCUUUGGGUUUUCGUUUAAUGAUUUGCCAUCUUUGGAUUUGGAUUUAUUACUCCCUCCGUUCCUAAAUAUAAGUGUUGUUAGAGAUUCCACUACGAACUACAUACGGAUGUAUCUAGACAUGUUUUAGAGUGUUGAUUCACUCAUUUUACUUCGUAUGUAGUCCGUAGUGGAAUUUCUAAAAAAACGUAUAUUUAGGAACGGAGGUAGUACUAUGCCAUCCAUCUUUGGAUUAUCAUUUAUUGUUUGACAUAUUUGGAUUUUCAUUUAUUUUUUGCCAUCUUUGGGUUUUCAUUUAAUGAUUUGCCCAUAAAACAAAAUAUCCACGAUAAUGUUUGAUCCCGAAGUAAAUAUCAUUUUACUAAAAAUGCAGUCAGCCCCUUCAUUGUAGGAUAGUCACCACCACAAAAUGGUCAAAGGACAAUUGUAAAUAGCUCAUGUGAAUUCCAUGUAUUUUGGGGGUCCUCUAUGAAAUUUUGACCCGCCCUUUCCCUAUAAAAGCUCUGGGUUUGUUCAUAUUUUCGGUACCGAGUAGUCGAGAAAAAAUUGAAGGGGAGAGUUUUCUAGUUGUUGUUGUUGUGUCGAGAGGUGAAAUGGAAGGAGGGGACAUGUCGGAGGCGGCGGGUGAGGCGGUGUAUGGCGAGGACAUGCCCAAGAGCCCGCUUCAUCCUCAGCCACAACCCAUCAUUGGCGCCUACCUAGACGACGCCCAUGAAGGUAGUGCUUCCUAUUCUGCACCGCGCUCAUCGUUUCCCGCAGCCGGCAACGGUGUUGUGCAUGUGCCUGCCAUGAGCGCGAGCUCUGAGCCACCCAAGCAGAAGCGUGGCCGCCCACGGAAGUACGCCCCAGAUGGUACUAAGCCGCCAGCUAUCUUCCCGGCACCAUAUCCUAUUGGUGUUGUCGCUUCCCCGACACCUGCUCUACCCCCGGGCUUCACGUUGGGAUUGUGGGGCUUAGGUGUCGUGAGGCCCCAGGCGCCACCAGCACUGCCGUCGCCAUUACCGCCACCACCCUCUGAGAAUUCAAAACAACGGGCCAAGAAGAAGAGGGUAUGGCCGCCGAGCUCCACAACCAGCAAGAAGCAGCGGGAGUUGGCAGUAGCAGAGCCAGGUGCGACUGGAUUCGCUCCUCAGGUCAUCACAAUCCAAGGUGGAGAGGAUGUAGCAGCCAAAGUCAUGUCCUAUUGUGGGAAUGGGUGGGCAGUUUUUAUCCUGUCUGCCGAGGGCGCCGUGCGCAAUGUGACACUGAAGCAACCAGCUUCUUCCCGUGGAACUGUUAUUUAUGAGGGCUAUUUUGACAUUGUCUGUUUGUCUGGCGUGUAUCUGCUGUCAAAAAGUAAUGGACUGAGCACUCUAAAAGGUGGAUUCAGUAUUUCGCUUGUUGGUCAUGAUGGUUGUCUCUUCGGCGGUGGGUUAGCAGGACCUCUGAUUGCAGCUUCACCUGUUCAGGUGGUCAUUGGAAGUUUUCUAACUGAUGAAAAAGAGAUCAAACCGGAUGUGGCCAGUGAAAGGUUUGCAGCUGAUGAAAAGGAGGAGAUCAAACAGGAUGUGGCUAGUGGAAGGCUUGCAGCUGAUGAAAAGGAGGAGAUGAAACAGGAUGUGGCCAGUGAAACUCCAGGUGCUACUGGACCGACUGCUGCUCCAAAUGAAUCCUCUAGUGGUCCAGGAAGCCCAUCAAACUAGAGUGCGGCUCGCACAUUCAACACCAGCUUCCUAUUUCAAAUGCCAGCCAGCUUAAAUUCCUAGCUUUUCGCUCCUAGCUCCAAAUGCUUAUUUUCCCCUACUAUUUCCAAACGCUUAGCUUUCUGCUCGUACUUGUUGAACUUUUCAGUCUCGUUAUAUGUUGUAUGGCCCCCUGGAUGUGGUCAAGUUAUGUUUUUGUACCUCGAUGAUGCUUCGUGAUAUUAUAGUUAUGAAAUGUUUUAUGGA